CACUGUCAAUUCGAGAGCUGCGAAGAGUACGCUCGCGUUUAUUGCGUUGUGUUUAUAGUGAAGUGUGCGUGCGAUCAGUGAAAAAUUUCGAAUGCCGUGAAGUGAAAAAAAAUUGUGUCAACUUGUGAAAAGUGCAACUUGUGUGAUCAACAUGUUAUUGUUUGUGUAUUAUUAAGUGAUAUAUCAAAAUGUGCAAGGCACCGUGGUGUGCAAAUUUGAUUUUUGCCACGUAGUGACGCGAACGGGUAAUGAUUCCUAAUGUGGAGUUCGAAGCAAGAUGGUUAGAGAGACUCGGCACCUGUGGGUUGGAAAUUUACCCGAUAACAUACGAGAAGAUCGAAUAAGAGAACACUUUAAACGCUAUGGCCGAGUCCAGAAUGUCAAGUUAUUGGGUCGAAUGGAGAACGCAAGCACGGGUGCCGGUGGGGGUUCUAAUAGCGGUGUUUGUGCCACUGUUGCCUUUAUGGACAUUAAGUCCGCUUCAAAGGCUCAUAACAUCGAACACGUCCUCGACGAACGAACUCUUACCACUGAAUAUUACGAACCGGCUGCGAUACCAUCUUCUGCGGGUGCUCCAUCGGCCGGCUCCUCACCUGCCGGCUCUGGCUACUCAGGUUCUUCAUCCUCCGUGAAUUCUACGUCGGCGCCGGCUUCCACAACGCGGUAUCAUCUCUCAGGUGAAGAAAACGCGAAUAACACGUGUGCAAUGGCUGCAUCCGCGGCAGCUCCCGCCACAUGGCGGGGGACCAACGACAGCGCGACGGAGUUUUGUCGACGAGGGAACACGCCCGCCACGUAUGGCAGGUACCACCAGCGAAACAAUGCACCAUAUGCCACGCCACCUUCCAACACCGAAAGAACAACACCUCUCCAUCGGUGGUACGGCAGUGGCGAGCGGACGGGGGGCGCGACCGGCGGCGAGAGCACGCCGAGCACGCCCGGCGGCGGCACGGAGCGGCGGCGGCGGCAGUCGGGCUCCGGUUCGUCGCGCUCGGAGUCCAGCUCGCCCGAGCCCAGCGACACGUCGCGCGCCUCCACACCCGCCGCGCCGCCGCCCGCCACCCCGCAGCACCCGCACCCGCACCACGCCAACCACAGGACCCCUUCGACGCACCCGCACCAGUGGGGGGCAUCGACAGCAAACGGAAGACCUCUUGCAAUAUGUGUUAGAAAUUUACCUACGAGGUCGACCGAUAGUUCCCUCAAAGAUGGUCUUUAUCACGAAUACAAAAAGCACGGAAAAGUUGUUUGGGUAAAAGUGGUUGGUCAAAAUGCGGAUAGGUACGCGGUGGUCCGCUUUAAAAAACCGUCCGAUGUAGAAAAGGCUCUAGAAGUGUCGCAGGAUAAACUUUUUUUUGGUUGCAAGAUCUCUGUGGCUCCUCACCAAAGUUGCGAUGAUGACGCCGAGUCGGCAAAACCCUAUGAGACUGAUAUUGAUGAAUACCACCCCAAGGCGACAAGGACGUUAUUUAUCGGAAAUUUGGAGAAGGAUGUAACACAGCAACAACUGCGGGAUAAGUUCAAGCAUUUCGGUCGAAUAAUAGAAAUUGACAUCAAGAAGGGCAGCGGUGGGGGCGCGGGAUAUGCUUUCUGUCAGUACGCAUCCAUAUCCAGCGUGGUGGAAGCGAUCCGAGCCAUGGAUGGCGAAUAUGUGGGCAGUUCAAGAGUUAAACUCGGAUUUGGAAAGCCCGUCGCCACCACAUGCGUUUGGGUCGACGGUCUCACCGAACACACGGAAAAGCAGGUGCUGGCGGCGAUAUCGCGGUGCGGCGCGGCGACGUCGGUGUGCGUGGACCGCGCGGCGGGCGCGGCGCUGGUGCACUUCGAGCAGGCGGCCGCGGCCGGCGCCGCCGUGCGCGAGCUGCGCCGCCUGGCCGCGCACCUGUCGGCCGCCGAGCCCGACCAGCCGCGCCUCUGCGUCGACUACGCCUCCCGGGAGUGUCAGGAUGCAUUCUAUGAGCAGUUGGAGAAACAUGGUGGAUCUUCGACUCUUACGAGUUCUGAGCGGUUGAGUGCUGAUCUAACCGGUCGCUACCUUCCUACAGCGAGGCAUGAACAAUUGAGAUAUGAGACCGGCACAUCACGAUCUCGUGCACCAAGUUUUGGGCGAGGUUCGUCGAGAACACCCAGAUAUACACACGAUCAUUACGAUCCAACCGACUAUGCGGCCGAUCGCAGAUACAGGGUAUAUGAAGAAUUGGGGUCUAGUCCACCAACGGACGAGGCUCCCUAUGAUGAUCGGCUGCAGUCUGUUGUCGUGUCACCGCAUCGCGCGCAUAGACAUCGACAUGACUCCAGCCCUGAAGAUAGGAAACAUUCUAAAGAAAGACAUCGCAGCGCAGGCGGCAGCUCGAGAAGGUCCCGUUCCGGGUCAAGGGGCGAACGGCACAGCUCCCGGCGACGUCAUCGGAAGCGACGCGACGGGUCCGGGUCCCGCGGCUCGCGCACGUCGCGCACCUCCCGCGCGGGCACGCCGCUGCGGGACGAGCCCGACGCGCCGCCCACCGAGCCGCGCAGGCCGCCCCGCGAGCGCCCUCCGCUGCCCAUGAUCCUACCGUUGCCUAAAUUUGCUCUGCAACUGCUGCGCACCGCGCCGAGCACGCCGCGCGCCGCGCCGGCGCCCGCGCCCGCGUCGCCGCCGCGCCCGCCCUCCGCGUCCUCUUCGAGCAGCGGCUCCGCUCCACAUUCUCCCUCGCUAGAAGAAAGGAUUCGCUCCCUCGAUGAAAAGUAUGAACGGUGGUCCGGCUCGCGCGUUCACGCGGACGCCCCGGAUCGCUCCCGACUCAGGAGCAGGCUCUUUGAGCUAGACAUAAACGAAGUGAAACCCUCUGAAGUGGUACGAUCGUUACUGGCUAAGAGAUCUGUGUUCGACGAAGAUACUGAAAGAUUAGAAGGAGCAGUCAGACCGCCCAGUCCGUGCGGUAGUCCGCGAUCCAUUCUACAACCGAUACUGCCGCGGGCUUUACGCUAUCCUUUCCCGACGCAUCCACCGCCUCCAUCUGACAGUUCAGUGACAUCUAUGGAAACGUCGACUCCAUCGAACGAUAGCGAUAGAUCGGAUCCCCGUCUAAGUAGAACGACACAAUUAGAUGUUGGCCCUAAAAAUGAAACAGAAAAUUUAUUACAAGCGAGGCUACGACUUCGUACACCAUCUACAGAAAAAUCCUAUGGAGAUACUAAAGAAUCUGACAUAGAUAGUUUAAGAUCUGAAAAAAGGCGCAAUUCCAUUUUGGGUACUAAUGAAGAAGUGAAGUCUUUCGAUAGUGAUGCACCUCUUGAAAAAUUUGAUUUUGAACUAAAAUCCCAUAGCAACUUUUUUCGAGAAUUACAAAAUACUAACCAUGUAAAAACGGAAUCAAAAUAUAGUGAAAUAGUGUCUUCUGUAACUGAAACCAUAAUAAAAACUGAAAAAAAUAUUGAUAAUAUAGGGAGUUCGGUCAGUGAACUAAAUAAUAUUGAAGAACAAAUUCGGGAUGAACUGCCAUUUUGGGGUUCCAGGCGCCAUAGUGUGAAAGAAAUAUCAAAUUAUGAAAACAUUAGUGAUAAGUUGUCCAUUAAAAAAGACAGUGAAACUAAACCACCAGUUACACAAUUAAUGGAAAAACAAAUAAACAAUCAUGAAAAUAAUAUUGGCCAAAUAGAUAUUGAAAUUAAAAAAGAAGUAGAAAGUUUUCAAGAUACAAAUAUACACAGUCAAAUUUGUCAAGAUAUUGGUAAACUUAGUAAACAAUCUUACCAAUUGAAUACGGUGACUUCUAUGGAUAAAAAAUCUUCCGAUGUAAAUCACGAUUCCAAACAAAUUGAUAAAGACAUAAAGGAAAAGCAUAGUUUAACUGCGCCCAGUAUAUUAUGUAAUGAAAAAGUUGAAAAGGAACCAAUGGAUUCCGUCAAAGGCUUAGAGAAAAGAAGAGUGAGUCACAGUGAUAAUGGUUCCAGUGAAAAAGAUUCGCCCAAGGAUGUAGAAGAACGUGAUAAAUCAAAAUAUGCAAAAGAUCGCAGUGAAAAGGAUAAAAAUGAGCUUAAUAAAGAUAAGAAUAAAAACAUUAAAUCCAUAAAAAUAGAAAAACACGAAAAAGACAGGAAAAUAAAAGAAGAACCACUCAGUAAACCGAAUUUAGAUAGAGGUGAUAAAAUAAAAAAUGAAAGAGAAGUUGACAGAAUAACUGAUGUUCUCAGUUUGAAUAGCUCAUCUAACAAAGACCGAGAAAUCGAGAAAGGAAAACAAACAGAUGAUAAAAAUUCGCGAACCGAAAGUCAGAAUCAUAAAAAGGAAAGGGUAGAAAAAGAAAGGCGAAGAGAACUUAUCGAAAUAGACCCAUUUUCGUGUAAAAGUAAAAAAGAUGAAAAACAUAGACAUGAUCGAUCUAAAAAAGAUCACUGCGAUAAUAAACGUGAUUUAAAAAAAGAAAACGAUGGUAGUAAAACUAGAAAAUCAUCCAGAGAUGAAUCAUCUAAGGAUGUCAAUCGUAAAGAUUCAACAGAUUCCUCGACAUCCAGAGCGUCGUACGAUUCACCUAAGGUCAAAGAUUUGGAACACCAUGAUACAAAAGAAGAUAUAAAGCCAAAAAUUAAGCAUGAAACUGAAAUAACGCAUUUCAAAACUGAUAACCACAAGCUUCCUAUUUUUAAAACUGCUCAUGAUCAUUUAGAUCUUGAAAACAAAAUAAAAAUGAGGUCUGAAAUUAAAGAAGAAAAAGACUUAAUUGAUGGAUAUUCAAAAAACAAAUCUGUUAACUCUUUCGAAAAUAUUUCUAAAUGUAAAAUUGAAAAUAAUGAAAAACAAAGACAUUAUUCAUUUGACUCUACAAAUGCAGAAAAGAAACGCAAAGAACGCUUAAAUUCUUGUUCAAGUUUGCCAUCAAAUAUUAGUGGCCAUAAAAGGAGAAUGUCAUCUCAAGACGUUUUAGAGUGUUUAAGUGAAGAUAUUAAAAAGAGUAAAAAUGACAUUAAAUGUUCCGAAAGGCGUGAGUCCAAAGACACGAAAUCCAGUGAAAGGCAUAAAACACCUAAGUUUAACAAAGGUCACUUUGCUAAACUAUUGGAGAGUAAAACAAAAGAUGAUAAGAAAAACCAAGUGAAGCCUCCUGAUGACUUAUUUACUCCAACAAAAGAAAAUGAGAUGAAAGAUUUUUCAGAAAAAAGUAAGGGUAAAACUGAUGAAAAAAUAAAAAAAGAUGAUAAAAAUAGUUCAAGUUCUGAAAUGCGUUCAGACUUGCAUAAUAAUCUAGACUUUCUUGCCAUCUUUGAAUUGAGAUCAAGUGAAGAAGAUGAAAAGCAACGAGCAUUAAGGAAGGAAAUGAAAGAAAAAAAGAGAAUACAACAGUUACAACAGAUCCAGGAACUACAAAUGCAGCAAGGAGUUCUGCAAAAUUCAGAACAAGUUAAUAAAAUAAAGGAUGAUAAAAAGCAUAAGCAAGAUGAAAAGAAGAAAGAGGCUGCCCGUGAAAAGCGUAUGUCUACAGAGCGAAAAAGUAAAGAUGCCGAAAUAAAGCGUAAAAAUAGAAAACAAACUCAAAGUACAGAUAGCUCUGACUCCGAUGAACCAAAAAAACAUUCUAUAUUUGAUAUAAUCGAUGAUGAACCUACUUAUAUCUCUAUGUAUGAUAAGGUUAAAGCUCGUUCUUGUAAGAAUAUGCAAAAACAAGAAGAAGAAAAGCGACAAGAAAAAAUAAAAGCUAAAUUUAGCCAAUUAAAGCAAAGCAGAGCAAAGCGAGAAGAAAAGAAAAGAUCAAGUUGGGAUGAAGAUAGUGAAUCUGAUCACGAUAGACAGAAACUAAAAACUUCACUCGAUAGUUCCUCAGAUGAUGAUCUGCCGCAAAAUAGUAAAAGGCACGAAAACUUCCAACGCAGUUCAAUUGAUUAUGAACGUCAUAGUAUUGAUGAUUACUUUAGUUUAGAAGGAAAUGAAAAUGAUAUGCGUAAACUUUCUCGUAAAAAUUCCCGCACUCGUAUUAUGUCGGAUUCAUCAGAUGAUGAAAAAAUGAAGAGAAUUAUUGGCGAAGGUGGAGAACAUAAAAGAGACUAUUUAUCGGAAAAUGAAUCUACGCGUGAAUGUAAGAGUAUAAACAAUUUUAUUAAUGAAUCUAUUGUAGAAGACAAAGUUAAGAAAACAUCUAUUUUAAAUUUAUUUGGUAAAAGUGAUAGCGAUGACAAUAAAGUAAAAUCAAAUACAGAAAACGACAGUGAUUAUAAAAUGUCUUUUGUUAAAUCUAUUUGUAAUGAUAUUUCAUCUGAAAAUGAAUCUUUGCCUUCCAAUAGAAACUCUUGUGAUGCUCGUAAAAAACAUAAAAAGAAGCAAAAGAAACAAAAAAGCACAUUUUCUGAUGAGGAUGUUAAAAUUGAUAAUAGUGAAAACUUAUUAAAUGAACGCGAUAUUAAGCAGAAAAGUAUAGAUAAGAUGCGCAGGCAUAAUAAGAAAGAAAAGCGGAAAGAACGUAUCCGAGACAGUUUUGAUACAGAUGAUAAUAGAGAUGAUAAUAGAGAUGAUAAAACUAAAAUAAAGAGAGAUAAACGCUCAUCUACAGAUGUCAUGCCUGAAACGCCUUCUGGCAAUGCUAAAAGAGAAGGGAAAAUGGAAGAUAUUUUUGGUCCAUUGUCAGAUGAGUCUGACAAAGAUAUACCAAAUAAAAUAGAAUUACCUGCAGUUGAAUAUGAAGGGUUGAACUUGAACAACGAUCAUAGCGAUGACUUAAAAUCUAAAGACAAAGAAGACAGUAAAAGAAGGAAGGAAAAAAGACGCAAAGAAAGGAAACAUUUUAUUAAAGAUGAUGAUAAUAGUUUGGAUGUGGAUGCAGUUAGCAAAGCUAUAGAGGCACGAUUAUUUGCUGAUACUGUAAAUAAUGAUGGGAGAACAGAUGAUCAACAAGAUGUAAUGAAAACUAAAUCCAAAUACGACGAAAUGAAUAUGAAAUUGGAUUCGGUGACUAAUAGCGAAAGGUUUAUGGAAAGAUUAAAGAAAGAAUGUAAGGAAAAAAGGAAGAAGAAAAAGAAACAUAGAGAUGAUCGUCAAAGUCGGAAAGAACACCAUUACUUUAGUGAGAAGACUAAUAAGACUGACAGCAAUGCUUUUGAAAGAAAUAUAAAUAUGUCACCGAAAACUAUUUUAAACAUACCACUUCCUAAUGAAAAGAUUGAAAUCAAUGAAAAAUCUGAUGAUAGUAAGUCCCUUUCGGAAUCUCCAAGUUUGCCAAGAUUAACCGACAGCCCACCUUUUGGAAUAAAACCCGAAGAACUAAACGAUGAUAAGAAUAACGACGCUGUCAGUGCUAGUCAAUUAUCAUCAGAUGAUAUAAUUUCUGUGCAUAGUUUUGAUGAAGCAAAAUGCAUUGAAAUUGAUGACAUUCCAAUGCCUCCUCCUAUUGAGAAUAAUAUAGUACAAGAUAUAAGCGAAGUACCAUUGCCCGAAGACCCUCCAAUGAUUCAAACGGACACUAACACAUCUCACUCCGACAAUUCGAAUCCAACAUUUGAUUUGCCUCAAAAUGUCAGUGAAGAUGCAGUCCGGAGUAUACCCAAUAUUGAAAGUGAAUCCGAUAAACAAAGAGAGAAUUCGCCUUCAGAAAACCAAACGGCGAAGGCUGAUAAAAAGAGUGAAGAAAAACCAAGGGCAAUUAUAUCGCAAGAAGAAACUGAAGACGCAGUUGCAGCUUUAUUGGGUGAGAGUUUUGGGGGAAAAGCUGACACUUUUGGGAAUUGCUUUGAAGAGGUUGUCAGUGAUGAUAACAGUCAAAGAGAAAUAGAAACAUCUGCCACUGAACAUGAAAACAUUCCAGAAGAAGAUGCAGAGGAAAUGAGACAAGCUGUUCAAAAUUUGAAUGCGUGCGAAAUGGAAAUUAAACCAGAAACUCCCGUUUCUGAUAAUGAUUUGCUUUUAAUAGAUACGGAUACCGAAGAAACAGAGGACGCAUCUCAAGAUGCUGUAGAAAAAUUACCAGCUACUAUAAUGGCCACUUCUCCAACUGUUAAUAAUAAUACUAAAUCAGAAGCGGAAAACAGAACAUCGGAUUCACCUAAUGUUAUUGUAUCUAAACCAAAAAUGCCAGUAGUUCAAACUGUUUUGACCCAGUCUAGUAAUGCUAACAUUAAACAAACAGAAUGCGAAAACAUUGCCGUGUCUAAGGAAGAAAACGUAACACAGAUAACUUCAACGGCAACGCCAGUUAUUACAUCGUGGUCAUUAACUAAUAAUAAAAUAGAGACACAUACCGUAAACGCACCAACAACUAAGGAAGAUAAUAAACCAACCCGAAUUACAGCAAAUAUUCUGCAAAUUAAGCCGACCCAAAGUUUACAAAUAGCAGCAAAUACCUUGAGACCAAUAACUGUUGCAAAUAGAGUUAGUUCACCUUAUCAAGUUAUAAACCAUAUGAUAAGACCUCAAGUAUCAAAUAUGCAACCUCCUACGAUCAAAAUACCUGAUAAUCAUGUUUUAUAUCAAAAACAGGGCAUUGUUAUUUCACCGCGAAUGUCUGGGGAUGCUAGAUUACAAAGUCCCAAGACUACGCAAAAUGAAGGACUCACAUCACCACGUCUAACCAAUAUGGCUAUAUUAACAACGUCACCACAAAAUUUAAAUUCUGGUGGAAUAGCACCACAAAAUGCUAUGCAGCAAAGAUCUCCAGGGCAAGUUACAGUCGUUCGUAUGCAACAACCACCUCUAAGUCCUAUACAAGCAAUGCAUAUUCCGCAUGGCACAAGAGCUAUGAUUUCACCAAAUAGACCUAAUUCUGUUUUAGUACAAACCCAAGGUACUCCUAUACAUUUUAAUCGGCUUCCUGUUACUCCUGUCCUAGCACCUAUAUCAAAGCAGUUGGGUUCCAAUUUGGUGCAGCAAAAUAAAAAUAUAAAUAUACAAAAUACACAAAUAUUACAACAAAAAGUUGUCGGUGCAGAGUGUACAAAAACAGAAAACGUAAAUGAUGGUAGCAAAAUUAUUUUAUCACCAACACGCUUACAGCAGACAUCGAAUGCAUCGGUUAUACCACAAAAUCGGAUUCUUCCUAUGCAAAAUGCUAUACAUGUUGGUUCUAUGAAUUCCUUACAUUUAUCUAACAAAGUUUUAAUUAACAGUAAAGGCACGUUUAUAGAAAAAAGAGAUAAUCAGCACCAAAAGUCAGAGCCUGGUCUAUCUUUCAAUUCGACGCCAAUUAUUCAUGUUGCCAACGUCAAUCAAUCCACAACAUCUAUAAUACAAAGUGGAUCAAAGCCAAUCAUGUGCAAUAUUCAAGAACCUACUCAUAAUAGAGGGCAAAGUCAAAAUGUAAUUCACUCCAUUAACCAACAACGAAUAACGGCAGGAGCCUCGUUAAAUAACGUAAUACAAAUUGACCAGGGCAAGGGUCAGCAUACGGUACUAUCCGUUGCGACUAUUCGACCGCCGACAGUUUUAACUAAGUCAGAAGCGUCUAAUGCAGUAGUAGUUUCAACAUCAACGCUAACAAACGUUGUUAUGACUCCGCUGUUACUAAAAACAACAAAGACUAAUGUGCCUAUUCGUUUAAGUCCAAGAAAAGAAAGUCUUGAAAGUAAUUCUACGUCUAUUAAUAUAAUUGGUCAUGAAGAAGAUAGAUUUGGUGAUAAAAAUGUGACUGCUGAAAAUGGUGAAAUAAAUACAACUUCCGUUACAUCCAAUUCUUCGGAACAAAUAGCUAAGUGUGAAACUGACUUUGAGGAAUUAUUAAAAGAUAAUACAAAUGAAAUUAAAGUUACUAAUGCCCCAGAAAAAAAAUUGGAAGUGAAUGUCGGAAAUACUAUCACUGUUAUAUCACCAUGCAAUGACAAGAAACACAAUGUAAGCCUAGAAAACAAACAAAACACCUCUGAUAAACUUUUAAUACCACAAACAGCGGAUUCUGAUGAGAAAGUUGAAAAGGAAAGUGAUGAAAAGAAUAGGGAGGUAAACAUGACAUCAAAAGAAAUACUGGAUGUCAAAGAUAAAACUGUUUCUUGUUUGGAAGAAAAGCAAGAUAAAUGUUCAGAAUCAGAUAAUACCGUAGAAAAUAUACACGUGGAUAAAAUGAAUAACACUGACUGUGUGGAAAAACAAGACAGUAAUCCAGAUUUACCUCCUCACCCUGUUUUAGAAGUAAAAGUCGAUGAAGACCCACUUUUUCGUGUAUCAACAGAUGACAAAGAAAAUACUGAACAUGACAUCCAAACUCCGGAAGAAAACGAGUUUUGGAGUACUAAAGAUCUCAAUAUCGAAUCAGUUAUUAAAAAAGUCGAUUCACUUUGUAAUGAUAGCAUAGAUGUAAUUGCCAAAAAUCAUACCUAUAUAUCAGACCCUAAUACAACACAAGUACAACAUAUUCAGCAUAAUUUUAUUUGCAAGGAAUCUGACCCUAUAACAUCCGAAAAUAACACCGACUCAUCCUUUGACGCUAACAAUGCGUCAGAAAGUACAGAUAAGUCAUCACCAUCUUCCAGUAAGAGAGGUGGACGUAGUAAUAGGGGAAGAAAAUCAGAUAAAAUUCAAACGCGUCAAAUUUCUAAGCCGGCUCGAGGAGGUGGCAAUGGGAAACGGGGAAGAGGUCGCUCUAAUAAAGUAGACAAAAAAGUAAAAAGUCUUGUUAGCAGUACAUUUCAUAAUAUGCCAGGUGAUGUUUAUGAUUUCCAUGAGGAUUCUGGCGAUGAAACCACAUCUUCAACAAAUAAAACUGAGUCUCGACCGAGGUUAAUUCUCACAAUUAAAAGCCCACUUUCCGGCAAUACCGGAGCAAUUCCUACAUCGACCCUAAGCAUCGCUCAAAAAGAUCAAAAUAUUAAAUUAAAUGAAAAACCUAAAGAGGAAAAAGGUGAAGUAUUUGCAUCGCCGUCCACAAAUACUCGUAAAUCUAGAAGACUUCAAGAGAAGGAUAUUCAAAAAAGUACAACAGACGACGUAAUGGAUGAUGUUGUAAAAGGAACACCAACUAAUAACAGGAAUACUAGAGAAACAAAUAGAAAGCGACCCACAAGACAAGCUGGCCUCAAACCUAACACGGAAAAAGCUCUAUCGGAGACAAGAAAAUCACCAAGAGCAACUAAAAGAACUCGAGAUAGGAGCCUUUCUGAUGCGUCUAUUGAUAGUUCAGAUGAGAACCAGAGAAAAGAAGAAAUGGUUAGGGAUGCAAAAAUACAAAAACUUGCGGAGCCCAUCGUUCCACUCGUCACUGAAGUGGAACCUAUUGUUAAACAUACGCCGCCGGUAGUUGUGAACUCUUGUCAACCAACAACUCCUACUCCUAUUAUGAAGCCACCAAAAAAGAUGAUUUCGGAAAUAAGUGCCAAGUUAGCGUGCGCCUUCGAAACGGCUGCAGCCGCCGCUCCACUUCCCGUGGCUAUAUCUGCUCCGAUCCUUACACCGACACCGGCACCCGUCCCGGUAGCCGUCUCUACCGCUUCACCGAAUCUCGAGCGUUUGAUGUCACCGCAAAUAGAGCGAAGAAUAGAAACGGAUCGACUCAUCUUACCUCCACGGGAACCUAGACCUGCCGAAUUAAUGUCUUCUGUGCAAGAACCGAUCUCUCUCGGCGAGCCUUCCGAUAUCACCGGUGUGAUGUCAGAAGCGAGUCACAUACGUCGGAUAGUCGACAACGUGCCAUCCAAUAUGAUGCCUGUGGGCGCAACGGAGGCGACGGACGCCCGAGUGCAGUCCCCCGCUCUACCGCACAGGCCGCCAUCGACGCAUCGGCCCGCCGAUCGCGCCACGCCGGUUCUGAUCAGGAGCGGGGGCGAAGGCGGCGAGGGCGGCGAGGGCGCGGGGGGGGCGGGCGCGGGCGCGGGCGGGGCGGGCGCGCGCGGCUACCGCGGCGCGUACGCCGGGCCCGCCAGCCUGCCGCGCGGCGCGCACCACCCGCCGCCGCCCACCACCAAGCAGGUGGCCGUCGUUGGGCCGCACCACCACCAUCCCGUUUCUCGAGUCACCAUCACGAGUGUCCCAUCUAUCAGCCCACAAGGACAAAUGAAUAUGGGCGAUGGAAUGUAUCCACAUUUCUCCCACCACCACUACCAAAUGUAUCAACAACACUUCCGCGCGACCCAACAAGAAAUUCGGGCUAGCGCGUCCCCUUUCACGAGGGGAGGUCUAGAAGCAGAGGGCAGCGAGGCGCCGACCCCGCCGCUGGAGCUGCGGCGGCCGCCCUCCGCGCGCGUGCCGCGCCCCGCGCACUCGCCCUCGCCCGCCGACCGCCAUAUACUGUACGCGGUGCGGUGCGGGCGCUCGCCGCCGCCGGCGCACGGCAGCGGGCGGCCCGCGUCCGCGCUGCCGCCGCCCGCCGCGCCCGGCCCGCCGCACGCCUCGCAGGUGCCGCGCGAGGCCGACUCGCUGCAGAUGCUGCUGAGGCGUUACCCGGUGAUGUGGCAAGGGCUGCUGGCGCUGAAGAACGACUCGGCGGCGGUGCAGAUGCACUUCGUGGGCGGCAGCGCGGGCGUGGCGGCGGACGCGCUGUCGCGCAGCGCCGACGGCGCCGCCACCUCGCUGCUGCGCAUCGCCCAGCGCAUGCGCCUCGAGCCCGCGCAGCUCGACCAGGUGCACCGCAAGAUGAAGAUGGAGAACGAGCACUGCAUGCUGCUGGCGCUGCCGUGCGGGCGCGACCACAUGGACGUGCUGCAGCAGUCCACCAACCUGUCGGCCGGCUUCAUCACCUACCUGCAGCGCAAGCAGGCCGCCGGCAUCGUCAACGUGGCGCCCUCGCCGCGACACCAGCAGUCUAUGUACACAGUUCACAUAUUCCCAUCGUGCGAAUUCGCCAACGAGAACCUGAACCGAAUAGCGCCCGACCUGAUGCACCGCGUGGCCAACAUCGCGCACCUGCUCAUCGUCAUCGCCACGGCCAUCGGAUGAGCUGCGCUCGGCGCCGGCGCCGGCCUGCGGAACCGAUGCCUCUACGUCGCCGCGACCACUCGCGAGUGCGCGUACACUCAACGAUGUGACCUAAAUCGGACUAGACGAAAUGCUCUCGGAUUAACAGUUUUAUCCUGGACGUGACAAUACAGACGUUAUUUUUCAUAAAAUAUUGUAAAUAAAAUCCAGGUUGUGAAAACUCAUUCUAAAAUUUAGCUAUCGGUCGACCUGGUGUGAAGCCGCCGUGGAUACGAUGAACGCUAUGCGGACGCGAGACGACCGUUUCCGGAAUUGCUUAUAUAUUACCUCGUAAAGUGAACGUUCGCCGUGGUGAUGUAUCUAUAGUGUAUUUAUUGAUCCGGCGCCGCGCUGUGCGCUCUGUAUAAAGUCUCAGAUAGUUUUAAGAGCCGUCACUUAUUUAAGUGUUAGAUAGAUAAGACGUCAUUUUGUAAAAUAUUUUGUUGUGGUCGACUGUGUUCGACUUUAUUCGGAGUUUAAAUUUUUAUUAAAAACUAUCAUUAAGCGAAGUCAAGUUCAUAAAAGUAGCGUAUUUAAUUUGGGUUCCGAUUAGAUGAGUGGCGAUCUAUCGAGCAUUUUUAUUGUUAGUGUAAAUUGUUAUUUUGUUUUAAGUGUAGGUCUAAAGUAAUUUAAAAUGUGUAAAUAGCGAUACUAUACAUACGUACUAAAACUUUGAUUUGUUCACUUAGAUGAUAACCGUAGUUAAUUAAUGGAAAAAUUAAAACUGGGUCGAAUGAUAGUUCUUUAAAGUUGUAAAAAUGUGGCUAAUUGCACGUAUUAUAAAAAUAUGGAAAUACACGUGGAAAAUAAACUGUGAUUCUGACUUUUAACGUAGGAUAUAGUUAGUUAUAAAGAAAGCUGAGCAGUACAUGUACGAACAACGGCGCAUGCGACGUUGCCCUUUAGAGAAUACAACAUUUUAGUAGUUUUAAAGCAUAGAUAGUUUCAUAGCACUCUCUUAAUUUUUAAACAUCAAACCAGUUCUUUUCCGGUUCAGAUGGUUUUCUACUAUUUAUUUAAUAAAUCUUGCAUAGUUUAGAAAGAAGUUUCAAUCGUAUGUACGUUAAUCUCCGCGUCGAGGCUAACGUGCAUACGACGAAACGUCCACAAUGGUAAACAAUCGUCCGAUCCAAAUAUUGUUCAAUGUGUGUACUGAUUAAAAUGAUAGUUAUCUCUUGAGUAUAUUUACAGAUCGAUAUGUAUAUAUUAUAAGAGCGAUGGUCGGCCGUCCGCCGCCGUCGCAAGCGCUCGGUUGUAUCAUUCCACGCGGGUCCGCCUCGGCCGCCCCAGCCCGUCCUCAUUUACCGCUGUCGCUUCUGUUUUGCGGAGACCCGCACCGAGGUCCCGUAAGCUAUGUGUUUCCGUUUGUUUCUCUUUUUUUGAUCUACCCGCCGUCACCGUUUCGAAAGAUUCGUGAUAGCACAGUAGAAUUAUUUACUUUUAAAUGUGAUUAUCUAUUUUUCUUUUCUUUAUUUUUUUUGCGUUAUUUUAAUAUUUUUACCCCUGAAGGAUUAAUAUCAAAUUAUUUGAGUAGAUAAUCCUUUAGCGGCUAAAAAUAUUGACACUAAUUUCUUUUUGGUAUAAUUUUAAAAUUAAGUUUUUUUAUAUCUUAUGUUAGGUUACAUAGUUUAUGGAAUUGACCUUUUUUAUGAAAGUAACACUUUAGUUGUCAUUAAAUUGGACAUGAACUGUAACAAUAUUGUACUUCUCGUGACUUUCCACGUCUGCACAUUACCGAGUCUCGACUGUAGCUUCAGCGAUGAAUGCAUAACUCUAUCAUUCGAUUGUUGUUUAUUCUUCUGAUCGGAUUGCGCAUUGUAUAGUUAGAAAAUGUACGACUCUGGCGUCGUUUGAAAAAACUAAAGUACAAAAUAUUUUAUGUAAUUUUUAUAUAAACAAUUACAGCACAGCCAUGUAUGUAUAUUCUUUUAAGAGUUACUAUAUUGUAAGUGUGUAAACGUGUAUGGUUUGUCAUAUUUCCGUCGCAAACAGUUCUCGACUUAGCUAAGAAGAACACUAACGAACUCGUUACUUCGUCCAUUAAUUUUAAAAAUAUAAUUUAAUCGAUAAACGGAUGCCCAAAUGUGUACACUUAUUAUUUGUUUCCUUAUGAAGGAACUCGAUGUAAAUAAACUCCAUUAAACAUAGCAAUACAAUAUUUAGACUCGAUAUUAAGAGACACGUAUAAAUUAAGCUUCACACGAAAAUAAUAAAAAGAAAUAUUUAUUCAAAUUAAAUCUGUAUUUACUCUUAUUUAUUUCAUGACUGGGAUGUAAUUAUUUUUUGGUGACAAUUAAAACUAUAUAUGUAAUUAGUGAUAAGUAACCGAUCGUACGGUAAAUGUAAUACAAAUAUAAUUUGCCCGACGAGUAAUUGCAUCCAAAAUUCUUUGCUAUGCAAAAAUGUCAAUUACUAUUAUAUAAAAUGUUCUUCAAAAGAUUUCCCAUAUUUCAAAGCAUCAUUUUGUAGCGUUUAUAUUUGAAUUUUUCUCGGAUGUUAACUAGUAAUGUAACGUAAUGCAGACUUAAUAGACGUAAGAUUAGUACAUGAGAAGUAUAAUAUAGUUUGUGUAAGUCGGUCGGCGCGUGGGGAUGGAGCGGCGAUGCGGCGCGCCCUUCGGCUGCGGCUUGUGCUCGCGUGCGAGUUGAUAGGGUUAUUAAUAUAAAUGUAAAAAUAACAUUUGAUCUCAAGUGUGCAGCAAAAGUGAAAGUGAGGGCUAGACUGUUACCGCACGAGCCGCGCCCGAACGCGUUCGCCCCUCCUUAGCUAGAGCUAUCUAUAUGUAUCGAAAAGUAAGAAAAUAAAAAAUAUUGUGAUCAUAUUUCUACUGUAACUUUAAAUGCUAGAAUUUAGAGGUAAUUGUAUAUUUUGUACAUAUUGACAUAGUAUUGUAUCUUUACUUCCCAUUAUCCAAAAACCCAGAACUCCUGCGUGUUAUUUACCUCCUACCUACCAAUACUAUUAAAAAAAUAAUACAUAAAA